AUGGGAGAGCAUGAGCAGAAGCCGUUGGAGACCAGCUCCUCCAAAGUCAAAGUUAAGUGUACCAUGAUUCCUGACACCUCGAAGCUCCUGCGAUGUGAACUGGAGUCACUCAAGAACCAGCUACACGCCCAGACCAAGGCUUUCGAGUUCCUAAAUCACUCAGUGACCCUGCUGGAGAAGGAGAGCUGCCUGCAGCAAAUCAAGAUCCAACAGCUUGAAGAAGUGCUGAACCCCACAAGCCGCCAGACAGAGGGACACAAAUGGGGCAUGGAGCAGGAACAGCAGGAGCUUUAUGGGGCCCUGGCGCAAGGCCUGCAGGGACUGCAGAAGACCCUGCGGGACAGUGAGGAGGAGCAACAAGCCCGCACUACCCACUGUCUGCAGCUGCUGGCCCAGGAGAUCCGAGACAGCAAGAAAUUCCUGUGGGAAGAGCUGGAGCUGGUUCGGGAGGAGGUGACCUUCAUCUAUCAGAAGCUCCAGGCACAGGAGGAAGAGAUCACUGAGAACCUGGUGAACAUCCAGAAGAUGCAGAAGACCCAGGUGAAGUGCCGUAAGGUCUUAACCAAGAUGAAGCAGCAGGAGUGUGAGACAUCCAACUGGCUGGAGACAGAGGAGAUGCCAUUAGGAGGCAAUGGCUUUAGGAGGAAUGACCUCCAGAAGGAGCUGAGUGACAUAUGGUCUGCUGUGCACAUGCUACAGAACUCCUUUGAUGGCCUCACCAUGUCCUCGGGAAUCCGCCCCAGGGCUUCGAGCCUCAGGGGCUACAAGGGGCACCGAUGCCUGAGCCCUCCACUUCACUCCUGGGACUCUGACACCGACUCAGACCAGGACCCUUCCCAGCCACUGUUCAACAAAAGUUGCUCUUUCCCACCAGCCUGAGCAGCUGGGACUGCUCUCCCCGAAGACCCUUCCAGAGAGAAAAUAAACUAGGCGAGACCCUCCUUCACC